AUGGUGGAGGCGAAAGAGCAGAAGCGACUGCUACACAAUGCAAGAGUCACCUUCGAUCGUCGGAUCAAGGGUGGUGACUGUCCGCCCGAGAUCAUGGACAAGGAAUUCACACAGUGGCAAUCGAAUGGCACAGGUGUGGAUCAGGGGGAGGUUGUAGGCUUCGUGUUGAAUCUAGACCGCCUCAAGCAGCUGGGCCAGCUCUUCAACGAGUGGUACAAGAGUGGCCAAGACUUCAUGGGCACAACAAUCAUGCAGGAGGCGAGCCAACGAAUCUCAGACGAAUCCAGAGGAAAACAAAUCAUGAUGAGCUUCAAGGCGAUGAAGGAGAAGUACGGAAAGAAGACCGCGGAGAAAAUCCGCGACAGGAAGAAAGAGGAAGAGAAACAUCGCAAUCCUAACCUGGAACCUCGAGCUUUCUGGUUCGCCCAUCCCGAAGCCAUUGAUGACCCAGACUGGGAAAUGUUCAGAUGCUUUGAUAGCCUCGAGUUUGAGAUGCGGGACAUCAGCUCUUCAUCGAAAGGAUUCGCUUCGACCGCGCCAUUGCUCCAAGACAUGACGAAGUUGGGAGACCGGAAGAGUCAGUUCGGUAUGAGCGCCGCACCGGCCCUCCGCCAGCUCAGCUCCAACGACAGCCUGGCGAACCAGCUGCAGAAUGACAAGCCCGGCAGAAAGGUGAAUGCAUUUGCCCUGACGAAAAGGCUCAACAGCAAAAUUCAAACGAUGUCUGCGAAACUCACGGACAUCAUGGUGUGGUCGAAGGAGGUUGCCGACUCUAAGUCGGAGAAGACGAAAGAGGGCUAUGUGGAGCAGCUGGGAGUCAAGAACGACGAGAUUCAGUCCCUGAAGACCGACAUGGAGCAGCACUUCUCCAAGUACAGCAAGAUCCAAGACAAGGAUUUGAGCUCGGAGGUUUGCACUGCGAUCGAUGAGGCGAUCAAGGCAGCAGACUUGGCCAUAAUCGACUUGACAGGCUGUCUGAAGCCGAUCAAGCUUGCACUCGAAUCUUGGAUGUUUAAUUUUACGAGUGUAGCCUUGUAG